GCAGAAUCGUUUGGGCCUCGGACAAUUUCAUGUCAGGCAUCGUUGAAGAUGAAGCCCGUUUUGUUCUAGAAGCCAUGAAAAUUCCAUCUGCAACAAUGGGUUGGAAUCUAGAUGCCUGGCAGUAUACCCCUCCUCGGAGACGAAGCCCAUAUCCGGUCAUCGUAAUGGCUCAUGGCUUGAGUGCAAAUAAGUUGAUGAGUCUCAGAGCAUACGCGGAGUCGUUCACCGAGCGCGGAUACGCAUGCGUCCUAUUCGAUUACCGACGCUGGGGUGCUUCAGACGGAACCCCAAGACAUUGCCUUUUCGUCUCGGAGCAGCUCGAGGACUACCGAACCGUCAUCAAGUAUUGUAGACAGAAGCCUGAGUUCGAUCCGAACCGUCUCCUAGUAUGGGGCACUAGUUUCUCUGGGGGACAUUGCAUUACACUCGCAAGCGAGGCUCACCUUAAUAUCCGGGCUGCCAUUGCUCAAUGUCCGUUCACCGGCAAAUCGUUGCCGAUGCCUUUUUCGACGACAGUGAUCAAGACCGUGGGUCUCGCAAUAUGGGACGUGGUUAAUCAAGCAUUCGAUGGGCGGCCCGUCUACAUCCCCGCUGUAGCUAUUCCGGGGAACGUGGGAGUAAUGACGGCUCCCGGAAGUGUCGAGGGGAUGCUAGCCAUAGUACCAACACCUAGUGAUUACCCAAACGAAAUGUCUGCGUCCAGUAUUUUCGAGCUGCCGUUCUACAACCCUACUGCUUCGGCGGCAUCUCUGAGCUGCCCUCUUCUGCUCAUAGGGCUGGAGUGCGACAACCUUUGUCCUUUCAGUGGUGUUGAGGACAUCGCCAAAUUAACGAAACAUGCCGAGGUUGUCCGUAUAUCAGGUGAUCAUUUUGAGGCAUAUCCCGGUCAAGUACACCAUAAGACAUCGCUACAAGCUCAACUGGAGUUUCUGCAGAGACACGUCCCAGGUUAAAAAACGUCUCUUUGCGCAUGUUACCCCACAUCCUUUUCGGUGAACUCUUGAAUCGAUUACUUCCUCCCUUCGCUCGGGUCCUUCGACAGGCUUCUGCUUGUAUAAUCCACACCUCAAUGUAAUUUGAGGUAGAAAUGAG